AUGCAAACUAAUAAGUUGUCUACGCGAUGGGACUGCCAUAUUCACGUCUGGGAUCCUGAACACUACCCAUACAGACCAGGUCGCGUGUACACUCCACCCCCCGCCCUAUUGGAGUCUUUCCUGCAGGACAGUGCAGUCCGCCGUGUUAUGGUUGUGCAGGCUUCAGUCGAGGAUGGAUACUCUGGGCUAGUAGCAACUCUAUCGCAUUGUCAAAGACACCAUCCGGACGUCGUCAUUCGGGGCACCAUUGCAAUUCAGGCGGCCUGGGUUGAGCCGGAUGCGACUAGCCUUGACUCCCUGCACAAAUUAGGCGUACGUUCAAUCCGCAUUCACGGCUUUCACAAUGGGCCGGGUGAUGAUAUAAAUUCCAUAUACAUGCUCCUACAGUCACUGUCUCGUUCCUACUCCGUCGGGACCCUAGGCUGGACGGUCUCUGCGCAGUUACCACUCCGGACAUGGGCAGCUCUCAAAACGAGGUUGCUUACAGAUCUAGCCCUGGCUAACCUCCACCUGAUUGCGGAUCAUAAUGCAUGUGCUACUCCAGCUGACGCGGGGAGCGCUGAUUUUGCAUCCUUUCUGGAUCUACUCCACACGAAGAGGGUAAGCGUCAAGGUCUCUGCACUGUACCGAAGGAGCCCGGGCAAUACCAAAGCUAUGCAGCCCAUCAUUGAAGCAUUCGCACAGACAGAGCCUAAUGCUCUACUCUGGGGAAGCGACUGGCCGCAUUGCGACAGUACUCCUGGAGGUCGCGAGCUUCCUCCUCUCCGGGGCCCAGUCGAGGUGGCCGAAGAGCUACAACUGCUGCAAAGCUGGCUUACAGCAGACCAAUGGAGAUUAAUGAUGGACGAGAACCCCAGCACGAUCUUUACCUAG